AUGGCGGAUGAGAGUCAGGAAAUCUCAGUAGAUCCGAGUCUGCACAUUGCCGAUGCGAGCUAUCCUGAUGACUGGCAAUCGGAGACUACCUCGAUCGGUUCCUCGAUCUACCGAGGUUUAAUGGAAAAUGGUCGUCGCUAUCAAACGCUGAGCAACAAAGAAUAUCUGAUCCCUUCGGAUGACCAGAUGUUUGAUUCUUAUGAAGCUGGACAUUUGGUCGCGCUCGUCUUGGAAUCGGACCGAGAGAAUCCUCUUUUUCGAGCACCUAUCGGGAAUAGGCCAGAGCACAUCCUCGAUCUAGGCACGGGAAAGGGUACCUGGGCUAUCGAUGUCGCAGACAUGUUUCCUGAUGCAACCGUUCGCGGCGUGGACCUGUUCCCACCCCCCGUAACCUGGAUGCCGCCCAACUGCAUUAUCGAGGUAGACAACGCCCUGGAAGAGUGGACAUGGCAGAACCCAUUUGAUUUAGUUCACCUACGAAUUAUGAUCGGUUCAUUCGAUCCAGGCGAGUGGGACCGAGUCUACAAACGUAUCUACGACAACCUACGCCCCGGAGGCUGGAUAGAACAACUCGAGGCCUUCCCCUGCAUUGACUGCGACGAUGGCAGCAUCCCCAAAGACAGCAUCCUCCGAACCUGGGGCCCAAACAUGUUGGCAUGUGGCAAAGCCGCAGGCCGAGAAUGCGACAUCCUCGAUACGAUGGCAGGCUCGAUCCGUAAAGCUGGAUUUGUGGAAGUGCACGAGAAGGCCUACAAAUGGCCUAUCGGUGCAUGGCCACGUGAUCAAAGGUACAAAGAGGCUGGUGUCGUCAACUUUCAGCAUUGGAUGGAUGGCAUGGAAGGGUGGUGCAUGUGGCUGCUUACUAAGUUUGGGACUCCUCACCCGUGGACAAAGGAGGAGGUUGUUGUUUAUGUUGCGAAGAUGCGGAGUGAACUUAAGAACCCGCGGUAUCAUGGGUAUCAACGGGCGCGACGUGUGUGGGCGCGGAAGCCUUAUGAGGGUGAAUGCUUGCCGACUCCUGACUCGAUGCCUCAUUCGUCAAAGCCGCCCGUGCCGGAGGCGUCGCAGCGAAGGCAGUAG